UUUCCGUAUUUAAGCUCCGGGCUGAAAUACGGAAAAUGCGGUAACUGUGGUCUUCGUCUGGCAUUCAAGAGGCACUUGCAACCACCUACUAUGAUCCACUACUACCGGCGGUCAAGACGAAUGCUCGUCCCGUCACCUGCUGUUGGCGUGUUUCUGCUAUUCGUCGCGGUGUGCGAGGUGACGGCGAGAAAGGAUGGAGCGCCGUCGUCUGCGUGUGACAGUAUGACCCCGUCACACGGCAGCUCUGGGAGAACCGACCAACCGCCGUUCAGUCUGUCUGUAUCGACCUCGACCUACACCCCAGGGUCAAUUCUCUCAGUAACUCUUAGACGAGAAGGAGCCGGCACGUUCAAGGGAUUCCUCGUCCAGAUUCGAACUGCUGAUCCUACUAAAGACCAGUCGACUCGCUAUGGACAGUUCUCGGCAGGGUCCAACUCGCGUACUCAGUGCUCGGGGGGAGCCAUCACGCACGUAAUAAAUGAUGAUAAAACGGAAGUGACCUUCACCUGGACAGCUCCAGCUACCGACCAAGGUGACCUUCAAUUCAGAACGACGUAUGUUCAACAGUUUAGCAGUUACUGGAUAGGCGUGAAGUCUGCCAUCAUUAAACCAUAUACCCCAUCGACAUCUUCAACACAAACAGCAUCAACAUUAUCAACAUCAUCACCAGCUUCAACGGAACUCAUAACAUCGACAGCGGAUACAGAUUCGUCUGGCAACACGGAUAAAACCUCAGCUACCACGUCAACCAAGUCGUCUGUUAUUGGAGACGGUGAUAAUGGAACCUGUGACGUCAAACCAAUCAUCUCUUUGAUAGUUUUAGCGUUCGCCAUCUUUCUCAGACUUUGAACAUCCGGAUAUCUCACUCAAAGUCUAUGUACGGUCGCCAUUCGUAUUUUUAUGCAUUAAUAAAUGGUUUUAGGAA